AUGACGUUAGCGGCAAUAUUCCUGUCAGUUGGAUGUCAACUUCGUUGCGAAGAGGAAUGUGUCAAGUUUGUGGCGGAGUGCAUUUUUUGUGAUUUCAAGAUGCCUCUGAGUCAAGCAGAAAAAUCAAGGAGAUAUAGGGAAAAACUAAAAAGAACGAAUCCUGAUAAAUAUCAAGAAAUUAAAAAGAAAAAUAAAUCAAGAGCAAUUAAAGCUUACCAAAAUAAAAAAAAAUCUAUAACUGAUUCACAAAAAGCAGAACACAGGUUGUCACAGAAUAAAAACAGUAUUCGGCAAACUGUCCACAUAAUCCAGUCUACAUCUAAUGAACAACCUGCCAAUAUGGAGCAUCAGGAUAUUACAGAAGACCGUUCAAAUGAAGUAAAUCUGGAAACCCAAAGCAUGUUGGCUGUACAAGUUCCAGAUAGACUUGAACAAAAUGACACAGAAAGUAGAAGCAAUACAUAUUUGAAUAAGACUGUGAUUAGAAAUAUUCAGAGAAAUAUUGAAAAAAAAAUGCGACGUGAAAAUAACCAACUUCGUGAAUACGUUGAUAAAUUGAUAAGAGAUUACAAAUCCGUUCAAAGAGACAUGCGUAAAUUGAAGAGUGAUUUCCGAGAUUUAGCUAAGAAAGUUCAUCAUAACGAAGCUGAAAUUGUAAACCAUACCAUCGUACAAGAACAAGAAAACACUCCAUAUAAGAGAUCGGAAAACUUUGUUAAUGAGCACCUAACUAAUGUUGCAACACCGGAAAAAGAAGUUAUCAAAAAAAAGAUUUUAGAAUACAAUGUUCUCACGGACUCUAUUAAAUCUAAAUUUAAAAUCUGUCAAAACCAAGAUAAAAAUACAUUUAAAGAUGUUGUGGAUGAUCCGAUAGUAAAAAAAUAUAAAUUAAAAACCUCCCUUACAAAGAGUCUCGGGCUCAAAAACAGUUUAAAAAGACACGAAGAAACAAAAACAAAAACCCAUGAUCUGAUAGAGACAAUACGGAGAUUUUACGAAAGAGACGAUGUAAGCCGUGCAAGUGCAGGUAAGAAGGAAUGCCGCACAUACAGAAAAUGUAAAAUGCAAGUUCGAUAUUUACUAGAUAAAUUAGAAACCUUAUAUAAAAAAUACGUUUCUGAAGUUGGCUCAAUAAGUUACAGCACCUUUAAAAAAUAUCGUCCGUUUUAUGUUAUAUCUCCAAAUUUAAAGAAUUUGAAAACGUGUGCUUGCUUGAAACAUUGCAAUAUGCAAUUUAUUUUAAAUGCUUUAAAAUCGGCGGGCAUACUCGAGUCAAAUGAUAUUAACACAAUUUUGGACAAACUCGUCUGCGACCCUGAUUUUAAGCAAUGCAUGUACGGUGAAUGCAGUGUUUGUAAAGAUAAUGCUGUACAAGUAAACAAAGAGGAAAAUCUUGUAAUAAACUGGUUUUCAUGGAAAGUCAAAGAACAUGAAUAUGAUGAAAAAGGAGAGAGAAAAAAGACUAAAAGAAUGGCAAAAACUGAAAACAAAGGAACAUUAAAAGAUUUAGUUGAUUUGUUUAACAAGGAAAUGAACAAAUUUAAGAUACAUGUAUACAACAUGCGCCAUCAACAACGACAAUAUAAGCUAUGUAUAGAGAACUUAGACUACAACGAAUGUGCAUUACAUAUAGACUUUUCAGAAAACUGGCUGUGUAAACAUCAUGAAGAAAUACAAGCUAUGCAUUUCGGUGCAUCGAAAAACCAAAUUACCCUACAUACGGGCGUGCUUUACAUUAAGAAUGAAAAACCAUUAUCGUUUUGUACAAUUUCUGCUGAAAAUUGUCAUACCCCCGAAGCAAUUUGGGCACAUCUUGAUCCCGUAUUAAAGCAUAUCAGGCUUACAUAUACAAAUAUAGACACAGUUCAUUUUUUUUCUGACGGUCCUACGAGCCAGUACCGCCAAAAAAAAAAUUUUUUUUUAAUGACCCGCAACACCUUCGAACAUGGAUUUGAAAAUUUUACUUGGUCAUAUUUUGAGGCAUCCCAUGGAAAAGGUGCCGCAGAUGGCGUCGGGGGGACUAUAAAAAGAACUCUAGACUUUAAAGUUUCACAUGGGACUGAUAUACCUGACGCACAAACUGCGUUUAAUGUUUUGCAGGAAACGGCAACGUCAAUCAAAACAUUUUUCAUAAGACCCGAAAGCAUCCAAACAUUAGACACAAAUAUUGCAAGCAAACUGACCGCUAUUCGAAAUACAUUAAAAAUUCACCAGAUUGUAAGUCAUGCUAAAUUCAUACUUAAAUACCGCAUCCUCUCUUGCUUUUGCCAAAAUCUCAAGGGAAAAUGUGAAUGUUUUGAACCGAAAAUACACAGUUUUGAAUUUCAAACAGAAUUUACAAUAGACGGAAAUAGAAAAGACGAAAGCUAUACAAGAUUGGAGCUUGACGAAACCACUGGAGAACUAAAACAAGUGAGAGAGCAAAAAAACGAUAGCUUAGAAAUAAAAGGAAAUGAAAUGUGCUCUGAAGAACAACUAUUUCACUGGACCCAGGACAGUUUUUUAUCAGACAAUAUGGACAUUGAUGAAACAAAUAUUGACUUCGAUAUACUGAACGAUUCUGGAAUUUUAAAUGCAAUAGAAUGUGAAGGGAAUGAUACAGCUGAAAAUCAAAAGUAUGUUGAAAAGGAUAAUGAAGUGACCAUCUAUAAUCCAGACAGUCUUAAAAUGUUUUGUAAUCAAGUUAUCAACAGUCACUUCGGUAUAUCAAACCAAAAUACAGAGACCCAGUUAUCGGAGGUAUGCGUAUUGAAUAAAAUUUCAAAGAAUGACAGUCAGAAUCUGUCGUUUUAUAAUGAUUUGCCGACAUGUUUACAACCAGUAAUACCAUCAUCCAAAAUAUCUGCAAAUGAAUCGAAAGUUUCAGUGGGCUGUUCUAAACUGAUAAUACACUCUAACAUCAAGGUAGACUCUGAAGUAAAGAAAAAUAAUAUUAGGAAAAUUUUGAAAGGGGCUAAAGUUAUUAAGCAGUCAGCACUAAAUAUGGAAAUAGUUCCGAAGAAAGUAAAAAAUGUUAAACAAAACAAUGCUCUUAGCCAAAUAGAUACAUUAAAUGAACACGCAAGUAAAAAGAAUAUAAAUAAUAGACAAAAGUCAAAAUCAAGCAAGCACGCCGUAAAAAAGAAAAAGAUAGCAACUUAUAUAGAAACAAGCUCUGAAAACUCCGAUAUUAUAAGUCUAGCCGAUACUGAUAAAUCUGAAUACGAAACAUUGAAUGAGUAUAUAACAUGUUUAGAAGAUCAAGAAGGAAAGGAAAACUUAGAGCCAGCUAUACCAUUUGGGAUUAGUGAUAUUGAUUACUGUACAGUAGAUUUUUUAAAAAAGGAUGACUGGAUAGUGGCUAAAUUUGCCACAAAAAAAAGUUUAAAGCACUUUGUAGGACGUGUUUUGUCGAUAAAAGAUAAUAUUCCUACUGUAAAAUUUGUUAGGAACGUGAAAAAUUUGAAAGAUAGUAAAGGGUUAAUUUUCACGUAUCCACAAGUUGACGAUAUAUAUGAAAUGCAGUUAGGUGAUGUGAUUAAAGUAUUACCUCAACCAAACAUUUCCCGACGGGGCCAAAUAAUCUUUGACACCGACAUUAGUUACUACAACAUACAG